GCAACUCUCUCGGCUUUCGGCUCGGAGGAGGCCAAGGUGCAACUUUCUUCGGUCGUCCCGAAUCUGGGUUCAUCCGACACCAGCCGCCUCCACCAUGCCGCCGAAGUUCAACCCCAACGAGAUCAAAGUCGUAUACCUGAGGUGCACCGGGGGUGAAGUCGGUGCCACUUCUGCCCUGGCCCCCAAGAUCAGCCCCCUGGGUCUGUCUCCAAAAAAGGUUGGUGAUGACAUUGCCAAGGCAAUGGGUGACUGGAAGGGCCUGAGGAUUACAGUGAAACUGACCAUUCAGAACAGACAGGCCCAGAUUGAGGUGGUGACUUCUGCCUCUGCCCUGAUCAUCAAAGCCCUCAAGGAACCACCAAGAGACAGAAAGAAACAGAAAAACAUUAAACACAGUGGGAAUAUCACUUUUGAUGAGAUUGUCAACAUUGCUCGACAGAUGCGGCACCAAUCCUUAGCCAGAGAACUCUCUGGAACCAUUAAAGAGAUCCUGGGGACUGCCCAGUCUGUGGGCUGUAAUGUUGAUGGCCGCCACCCUCAUGACAUCAUAGAUGACAUCAACAGUGGUGCCGUGGAAUGCCCAGCUAGUUAAGCACAAAGGAAAAUAUUUCAAUAAAGGAUC